UAGCCACUAUAGUAUCGACCCCGACUCGCUGCCAUCGAGCCAGCCGCUGACUCUGUCUCCUUUCUCCGACAACUUCCGCUCCCAUAUGCUCGCCGCCGAUACUCCGGCGCAGGCGCGUUGCGGUCUUAAGCUCGACUGUUCCACCUAGGGCAUAAUUCACAGAAGCAACACACCGCAUUGCUCUUCUCUCUUUCCUCCUUUCUUUCCGAUUCUCCUAAAACUUCAUCCGUCCUAAUUAGGUUAAAUUGCGGACGACAGAAAAGUGACCACUAUCUGCCGGUUUCAAUCGACUCCGGAGGCGGAAUUUCUGAACAGAGUUUUGCCCGAACUCGCCAUUGAAGCUCCCGCCGGCUUGAUUCCCUACUUCUCUUUGCAUCCCCUGAUUUGGCUCUUUAAAUCCACAACUGACCGCCAUGAACGCUCAGAUUAUUGAUCCUCUGCAAGGAGAUUUCCCUGAAGUAAUAGAGGAGUAUUUGGAGCAUGGGGUUAUGAAAUGCAUUGCCUUCAAUCGCCGUGGAACUCUUCUCGCCGCUGGAUGUGUUGAUGGAAGCUGUGUGAUUUGGGAUUUUGAGACAAGGGGAAUUGCCAAGGAGCUUCGGGAUAAAGACUCUGUUGCACCUAUAACAAGUGUCUGCUGGUCAAAAUAUGGUCAUCGGAUCCUGGUCUCUGCUGCUGACAAAUCAUUGACACUUUGGGAUGUUGUCUCUGGCAAGAAAAUCACACGAACAAUACUGGAGCAAACAUCACUCUUGGCUCGGCUACAUCCCGGUUCUUCUACCCCAUCAACGUGUUUGGUAUGCCCACUCUCUUCUGCUCCCAUGGUUGUCGACUUAGAAACAGGAACCACAACUGUUCUUCCAGUUACAGUACCUGAAACAGUCAAUGAAGUCGCAGCCCCUCCACGCAAUAAAUCCUCAGAUGCAACUCCCCAUUUUACCCCCACUGCAGCGUGCUUUAACAAGCGUGGUGAUCUGGUAUAUGUCGGUAAUUCCAAAGGAGAAAUUCUUAUAAUAGAUCAUAAUAGAAGUGUUGAAAUCCAAGCAGUGGUUCCCAUCUCCACUGCUGCUGUUAUCAAGAAUAUUGCCUUCAGCAGAAAUGGGAUGUAUCUCCUUACAAACUCAAAUGAUCGGAUAAUCAGGAUGUAUGAAAAUCUACUUCCACAAAGAGAUGGAAGUAUUACCCUUCAGGAACUUGUUAAAACAACUGAUAACCAUGAUGUCCUGGAGAAACUAAAGGUGGUUGGAUCAAAGUGCCUGGUACUUGUUCGGGAGUUUCAAGAUACAAUCACAAAGAUGCACUGGAAAGCACCUUGUUUCAGUGGUGAUGGAGAAUGGGUAAUUGCUGGUUCUGCAAGCAAAGGAGAACACAAAAUCUACAUCUGGGAUAAAGCUGGAUAUCUCAUUAAGAUCCUUGAAGGCCCAAAAGAAGCAUUGAUCGAUUUGGCAUGGCAUCCCAUUCAUCCAAUUGUUGUUUCUGUCUCAUUAGCUGGAUUUGUUUACAUUUGGGCUAAGGACUAUACUGAGAACUGGAGUGCAUUUGCUCCGGAUUUCAAAGAGCUGGAGGAGAAUGAAGAGUAUGUGGAACGUGAAGAUGAAUUUGAUCUGAUGCCAGAAACUGAAAAGGUGAAGGAAUCUGGUGUGAAUGAAGAUGAAGAGGUUGAUAUUGUGACCGUAGAGAAAGAAGAUGGUUUUAGUGAUUCAGACAUGUCACAGGAAGAACUGUGCUUCCUGCCAGCAAUCCCUUGUCCUGACGAGCAACAAGGUAAGGGUGGGGGAAGUUCUUCAAAGCUGAUGGAGAGCACUCAUUCCGAAUCUCCAGUUUCCGAAGAUGCUGCGAUGGAGGGGCUAGCAGCGAACAAUGCAUCAAGUCCUCAUGAAGAGGAUAGCGUCCGGUUGAAAAGAAGAAGGAAGCCUUCGGAGAAAGGGUUAGAGAUGCAAGCGGAGAAGGUGAAGAAACCAGUGAAGGCAUUGAAGACAAAUGGUAGUAAAGUGUCGAAGCCGAUGAGGAACAAGAUUGUUGUUGGUGACGAUGUUGUAGAAGCAAAUAACGGUGUUCACGGAGACGAUGGUUCCGACGAGUAUCAUUAGAUUAUAAUGAAAAUUUAUUAGCAGAGAUGGUUCUUUAGUUUGUGCUCUCCAAAGGCUUUCAUAUUAUGUGCAGCUGGUGGAGCAGGAAUAGAAAGAAGUUAGAAACGUAGGAAAGGAAGAAGGCGAAGAAGCAGAGGAAGCAAGAGCUCUGUGUUCUGCUACGUUUGAGCCGAAGUUGCUGUUUUUUUCUGUUAACGCUCGGGCCGAACCAGAAGAAAUGGGAAAGGAAACUGACAUGGAGUGACAAGUGACAAGCAGAAAUAGGCCACAGGUGUUGGCAAUUUGAUAAUUUCCAACUUGUUAAGGGGUUUGUUGUUAGGAAAAAAAAUUCAGUGGUGUAUUUGUUAACGAGCCUAAAGUGAAGGAGCUAAAAUAUUGUGAACCGUUCUCACGUUUAGAAGUCUCGCAGUAAGUGUGAACCGUUCUAAUGUUUAGAAGUCUCACAGUAAAGAUAUUUUCUAUGUAUGAACUAUUCUAGGUGACGUUAUAUGGUUACAUAUUUUAUCAAACGAGUGUAAUAAAAGAAUUAGCAUUGCGGAACAAAAGGUCAAACCGGUUAAUACUGUUAUGUCGAUUUAAUAAAUUGUAUAGUUCG